AUGCAUGUGCUCUGUACAGCAUCUGUUUGCAGUAGAAAGAGCUGCGUGCUGAGGAGGCCUCUAUCUCCUUCUGAUCAUCACGCGAUACGCCUAGAGGAUUUUCUCACAGUGCAGGCGUUCUGCAGCUUGGGAGACGUGGCUCUCCAGUUGGCGGGUCAAAGCUUGCGUCAAGGCGAGUUUGAGGCAGCUGUCACCGCAGCCGUUGCCAAGGCUGAGGAAACCGUCGCACACCUAAGGCUGCUCUUUCGGACGCGAAUAACGUUUUCGCGGGCUGCACGACUGUCUACCCCGCUUCGAGGAAAUCUCGCUGCUGCGCUGGAAGACUGGCACGCUGUUCGAAGCGCCCGUGGCGAGGCUCGUGCUGAUCGGCUACAGCGCCACGAGAUGGCGGCGGUCUGGAGGCACACCAGUGCGGCGUGGACAACCAUUUGGCAGCAAAAGGGCUUCGUGCCGGAUCGGUUGAAGAGGCAGCUUGCUCGGAAAGAGGCAGCCUGCGAGCCCCUUUCAAAGCGUUUGGCCACAGGGCAAGAUCCCGGCCGCCAAAGGCCUGCCGUUGAGGAGGCACAACAGCAGAUCGAUAAGUUGCUGGCUUGGCAAGCAAGGCAAAGAGCUGGUGACAACUUCCCAGCUCGGCCCAAGGCCAGGGGCAACUUUGCGAAACGAUGGCAGUGCCGGCCCGGCUGUCUGUCGCGUCCAAGCGCUCGAAGCAUCAGCCCGCAUCCAGGUGUUCCACACUUAGAGCGCACGUGA